CACAUCACCACAAUGAUUCCAGAUCAGUGUUAAGGGCUGAUGAGCGUUAAGAAGAUUAUGAUUGACUCUUUAUCUCUGAACGGACGGCAUAUGAACACAGACGCUACGAAGAUGAAUGAGUCAGGCCUCUGUAAUUACACUGGAAUACUGGGAGAAAGUGACGACAGUGAUGACGAUCCAAACUCAGAAAACCUGUUGGGGGCUUCCUGGGAGAGUUUAUCUAUCAUGGACAGACUGGGAUUAAAGAGGUAAAGACCCCAUGAAACACACACCAUAUGUUAAUGCUAACGCUAACAGGAAAUGUUUCUCACAGCAGUGUGGAGAUGACGGAGGAGGAGGUGGAGAGCGCUUUUACCCAGUUUGCACUGGGGUUUUACUGCAAUCAGUAUACACUGACCCAGCGGCUGCAGGCGGAGCGACACGACCGCAGUGUCGCAGAGGAAAACCUGCAGAGAGAACUGAGACAGACCAAAGAGAUGCUGCAGGUGUUGUAUGAGCGUCUUCCAGAGGUGGACAGCAGAAAGAUGGUGCAGCAGAUGGAGAACAACCUGCAGAUGCUGGAAAGCAACAUUAACAAUGUCCUCAAAACAGCAGAAAUGCUCGGAGCUGCACACCAGGAAGCACGUUUCAGACAUGCAGUAGAGCUGAUGUCAGUACACAUGGAGCAUCUCAAGAGACGUCACGCCAUAGAGAGCGAGGAAAUGCUGGAGGUCAGGAAGCUGCUGCACAGGAGGAAAGGCCGAUUGCACAGUGACUCCACCGAUGACCGAGACCUGUUCAGACACUCAUUACAACAGCCAACACGUCGCAGGGUCAGCAUCACCUUCCUCCCAUCUCAGUCUGAGUUGAAGCAUCUAGAGGCUUCAUUUCUAGAGAGCUGCAAAACCAAUUUGGAUGCAAAGAAGCUCCAAGCAGACAAGAGACAGGAAGUACUUCUUACAGAUUCUCCUGUAAGCAGCCUAAACCUAGAUGACGACGUUGACAGCAGCGUGUUUCAGAGUGCAACAGAAAUCACGCCGCUGUGCCGUCGCCGUCAUUAUUCUCCGAUCAAAGCCACAGGAAGUUCAUUUGAGGGGGAGGAGUCCAAACAAAGGGAGGAGUCCAACCAAGAGCUGCAACUCUUAUCACAACAGCGCCCCCUGUUGUCCUGGAGGUAUGGAUGGAUCAUGAGAAUGUUGAUUGUAUUCAGUCUGUUGAUGCUAAUGGUGGUUUUAUAUCUAGUUAUGAGUGUGAUCGGGGGUGACGUCACGCGCUUUGGCUCCGCCCCCGCGCGCUCUCCUGAGGCUGCGAUGUGA